AUGGGCGACUCCACCGCGCGCGCCCUCACACCAAACUCCGCGUCCGUGUCGACGAACGCAUCGUCGCGAAUCACAACGAAAAUUCGACAUGCGUGCAACGCCAGUCUUGUGGCUGCGGCUGAGUCUUGCCUGGAUGGCAAAAUCGCGCUUUCGGGAUGCCAAUGGGCAAUUUUUGUCCUAUCGUGUCGAUGCGACAUCUAA